UGCGCAAGUCAGAUAGGGAAGUGAGAAGGAGCAACUUUUUCGUUUCCCCUUCUCUGGUUUAAUUUGGGUUUAGUGUUGCAGAUAAAGGAAAAGGGAUGUAGCCUACCAUGACUAGAAUUCGUGUAGAAUUGAGAAUAGAUCCAGGUGAUGAAUGAUCUCUUCUCCUCUUUUGUCUCUCUGUUUUUGUCUCUCUGUCUUGAACACACGAUCUCAGUCUAGAUGGCAGCAGCGAUGACAGACGACAACGUGUACAGAGAGGCGGAGUUGCAGGAGGCGCCCCCUGCUGACCAUCAGAAUGAAGGACAGUUUCCAGGACCAGAGGACAACAUCCAGGGCCAGGUAGAGGAGUUUCUGGGACCCCAUCCAGAUUAUGAUGAGGAAGAGGAAGAAAGAAAGUAUUACAGGAGAAAACGGCUGGCUGUGGUGAAGAAUGUGCUGGGGGCCAGCUGUGGAGGCAUGAUCGUCUACAGCGUUUACUUAGGUCUGCUACAGAUGCAGCUGAUUCUGCACUAUGAUGAAACUUACAGAGAGGUGAAGUAUGGCAGUCUGAGCCUGCAGGAUAUCGACAACAGAGUGCUGAUGGGCAUCAACGUCACUCCCAUCGUAGGCCUGCUAUACACACCUGUACUCAUCCGGUUUCUGGGCACCAAAUGGAUGAUGUUCCUUGCCUCAGGAAUCUACGCACUUUUUGUUUCGACCAAUUACUGGGAGCGGUACUACACCCUGGUACCAUCAGCCGUUGCUAUCGGUGUUGCUAUAGUCCCGCUCUGGGCCUCUUUGGGAAACUACAUCACAAGGAUGGCCCAGCAGUACUAUGAGUAUGUGAACUAUAAGGAGGAGCAUGUGCAGGAGCAGAAGCGAGUGCCAAAAGGAGCCUGCCAUAGUUAUAUCAUCAUCUUUCAGUCAAUCUUCUACAUAUUUUUUCAUCUCAGUUUCGUGUUUGCAGAGUUCCCCAUGGCCUUUCUCAACACGAUUCUUUAUGACUACAAGCACACUCUCUACUCUGUCAAGCAGUGUGGAGCUGAUAGCAGUGGCGUGAUCGAUGGUUUUAAUAAGACUGUGCUGAGCCAUUUGCCUCAGUCUUACUGCCUCAUUAUAGUAGAGAGCAUUCUAAUGGGAGCUGCCUUCAUUGCCAUGAUCAUAUUCCUGGCUGUGUGUGGCGCUGCAUACCGUCCCACGGAGGAGAUUGACCUGCGCAGCAUCGGCUGGGGCAACAUCUUCCAGCUGCCCUUCAAACACCUGCGUGACUACCGCCUGCGCUUGCUCUGCCCUUUCUUCAUCUACUCCGGCUUUGAGGUGCUCUUUGCCGUCAAAGGACUCAUACUGUCAUAUGGCGUGUGUGCGGUGGGGAUUGAGAAGCUGUGGCUGCUGGUGACGGUCUAUGGCCUGUCGUGCUCUCUGUGUUCGUCUCUGUCAUUACUACUCCUCAAGCCACGUUUGCCGCGUCCGGUUGUGUUGCUGGGGGGAGCAGGACUUCACCUGAUCCUGUUGGUCGCUCUCAUGUCCUGGUCCUCUAAACCACGCAGCCCUGAACAGCUGCCCCAGCUCCUGGUACUGGCUGCUCUCUGGGGCCUGGGCACUGCCCUCAACAAGACAGGGCUGAGCACUCUGCUUGGUAUGCUGUAUGAAGAUAAGGAACGCUUAGACUUUGUCUACACCAUUUAUCACUGGUGGCAGGCCAUCGCCAUCUUCAUUGUGUACCUCUGGUCAUCCCUACCUAUGAGGGCCAAACUCGCCAUCCUAUUGGUUACUCUGCUGGUUGCAAGCCUCUGUUAUUUACAGAUGGAGCGUCGCCUAGUAAAGAAAAUUCCCUACAGGUUGCCACGGAUUCCCCGUCCACGACACAAGGUCAAAGGUUAUCGUUAUCUUGAAGAGGACAACUCUGAUGAGUCUGAUUCAGAAAAGAGCGACAUAGAGGCGAUCGAUGAAGACAGGCAGAGUGAAGAGGAAACGAACGGGGAUGUUGGAUCACAGGGUUCUCAUUCUCCAGGCCCGGAGAGGAACAGGGUCCGCAGUCGCCGGAUGAGACGUGAGGAUGCUGCGUAUGAGCAGGCGGGGGAGAGGGAGGAGUAUGGCCAAGCCCUGUGACAUAAUGCUGCGCUCUGACAUGGGACACGUCACAUAUGAAUGAUUUUCAUGUGUGUUCACAUAUGAAUGAAUGAAUGAAUGAAUGAAUGAAUGAAUGAAUGAAUGAAUGGAUUAAAGAAAUAA